UAUUUUCGAAAAUUUGCACAUACACAAGUUGUUGCUAUAAAAUUUUAAAAUGUCUGAUCUAUACAUUCCAUCACAAAUUAUGCAGAUGACCAGCGAGCAGGUUAACCGCCUGUGCGAGCUCUGGUGGCGCAUGUUUGGACCUGAGACGCGGGAGUCCUAUUUAAUGAAGGUCUACUCCAAUGCACUCAGCGUUUACAAUGAAGUAUUUAAGGAAUCGAUGGAGCGCAUGCAAAUCUGCGAGUCUGAGAUCGUAACGCUUCGCGAUGAGGCUGCCGAUAUAAUGCGGCUGUUAAAUAAAUCCACCAAUUUAGGUGAAAAGCCCUCGGACAUGCCACUGGAAAUAUGGCGAUCCACACUCGAUGAGCGUAUUCAAGAAAUGCGCACAGAGCUGAAACAGCGUCGCGCUGAAAUUUGCGAUUUAUUGCUGUUGCAGGAUCAGCUGUGUCAGGAGCUGGACGAGUCACCCAUGACACUGCAGACAGAUCCGCUGCCCCCUCAGGCCGAUGUGGAUGAUUUUCGUAAUUACUUGGAGCGUUUACGAGUCGAGCGCGAUCGUCGCGCUAAAGAAUUCGCUAAGUUGCGUGAUGAAAUUAAGCGGCACAUGCAGUUACUAGAACUGCAGCCUCCGGCUGGCGGUAGUGAGGACCUCCUUCUCAAUUAUGUGCAUCUUAAACUGACGCCAGAUGCUUUCAGUGCACUGCAAAAGCUCAGGAAGUGCUACUCGGAGCAGGUGGAGGAGCUGCACUCUCGCAUUGACGAUACACGUGCAAAGAUACAUGUGAUGUGGGAACGCCUACAGGAAACUGAUGAGGUCAUCAAGCGGCAGGUGUGUGAGGCUAUUGAUUACACACAAAGUACAUACAAUCUUCUGAAGAAAGAGCUCGACCGGUGCGAGGCCCGUCGCCCGACAAACCUAGAAAUUUACAUUCGACAGCUGCGGGUCGAAAUCAAGCACUGGUGGAAAAAAACUCUUAGUUCAGAUGAGGAACGCAACCGCUUUAAAGAAUUGAAAAGUAAUUCUUUUAACGAGCAUUUAAUGGUAAUGCACGAACAAGAAUUGGAAAACUUAAAAGCAUUUUAUUAUAAAUACGAGGAGUUGUUUGAACUUUUGACCCGUCGCACUGAUCUCUGGACACUCAUGAAGACACUGGACUCCAAGCCCGGUGAUCCAAAACGCUUCAACAACCGCGGCGGUCAGUUGCUUAAAGAGGAACGCGACCGCAACACCAUUAGAGUCAUGUUGCCAAAGGUAGAACACAAAAUUAAGGAGCUCGUCCACAUCUACAUGGAGCGGGAGCAUCAGCCAUUUUUCGUUUAUGGAGAGGACAUUUUGGAGCGCAUCGCCAAGGAUUGGACGCUUCGUCGUCUGGCCAAGGAGCAGCAAAGCUUGGCACGCAAACCAUAUAGCCACAACACCACUCUUAAGGACACUUCUUCCAUGACUUCAUCGACCCUAUGUGUACGUGGUGCCGUGCUAGAAGGGGGGACCAGUAUGUUACAAUUCCCGGACAGUCCGCUGGCAAAGCGCGGACUUAGCUCCUUCAAAAGUACGACCAGCUUGCGGCACAGUCCAAGCGAGCGUUUGCAGCAGAAGACGUCCAAAUCAUGCAAAACCUUGAGCAGUACCAGUGCUCUAUCUAUUAAUAUCCAGAGACUGGAGGUGCCUCGCAUCUGCGUCGAGUUUUCCAACGACAUCGAUGUCAAUCCAGCUUGCGCCGAGACCGCCAAUGGUGAUCACAACGAUAAAUAUGGAAAAUGGGAGAUUCUUGCUGAAAUGUCGCCGUCACGUUUAAUACUCGGUCGCAACGGCAAACAGGUUGAUGAAUCGGAAGUCUAACAAUAUAUACUAAAUUGGAAAUAUCCGAUUGCAAGACUAAUUGAAGCUCCAAUGACCGUUCAAUAGUUGGAAGAAUCUGAAACAUACUAACAAUCAACCAAUCAAUAAAUCCAUGCUCAGCAUUCUGCGGUAAAAGUUUCCCUUGCCUUACAACUAGUUUGGAAAUGAAGUAUUUAAAAGGCGGCAUAAAUUAUGAAUCACAAAUAAAUUCUUAAUAAACUCAUGAAGUACAAUUUGGAGCUCAAGUCUGUGAAAGAAAUCGGAAUUCAUGUGCAUAAGUUAUCAUUUUGUUAAAAAUAACAACAAAAAUUAAGUGUAAUAUUAAAAUAUCUAAAAGUAAAGAGGCUUAUUUAAAUUGA